AUGUAUAUGUCAUGGAUAUGUAAUAUUAUUGCUGUAGCUGCCUUCAUAUUGGAGUCACAAGCAACGCUAGAGAACGUAGCGAUCGGUAAAACAGCAACUCAAAGCAGCGAUUGGUCGGCAUCGUACCCGGCAAGCAAUGCUGUGGAUGGUAAUUCGAAUACAAACUGGAAUAGCGGCAGCUGUACCAGCACCAAUGACGAACAAAAUGCCUGGUGGAAAGUCGAUCUCGGUGGGACUUACCUUGUCCAUGAAGUAAUAGUUACUAAUCGCCAAGAUUGCUGUGAAACACGUGUUUUGGGUGCUGAAAUCCGAAUCGGUUUGUCGGAUGAUAUAUCACAAAAUAGUCAAUGUGGUGAAAAAAUAACAUCAAGUCAAACCAGUCAGUCGAACAUUCAUUUCCAUUGUAGCAGUCCUAUCGUUGGGCGUUACGUCAGUAUACAGCUGGUAGAUAGAUCUGACCUUCUCAACUUUUGUGAAAUGCAGGUCAUGGCAGAAGGAAAUGUCGCACUAAAAGGAACUGCAAGUCAGAUCAAUACCGCCUAUGACGGGCCAGCUAAUUAUGCUAUUGAUGGAAAUGAUGAUUCCAUAUAUGGUGAUAAAAGUUGUAGCCAUACUGCAAAGACUAUGAACAGUUGGUGGAAAGUCGAUCUGGGAGCAACGUAUGAUAUAUCCAAAGUGGUAAUUACAAAUCGACAAGAUUGUUGUUCUGAUCGAAUUAAUGGAGGUGUGGUGUUAGUUGGCGAACAUUCUGAUAUUAGGCAAAAUGACCAAUGUGGAGAUCAAAUAGACUGGGGUACAAAUACAUAUGGAGAGAAAAUCCCAUUUGAUUGUCAGCUAAGUGGGCGUUAUGUCGGAGUACAACUGCGAAAUCAUGAAAAUUAUCUACACAUCUGUGAAGUCGAGGUGUUUGGGGGGAUACAUCUAGAAAAUGUUGCACUAAAAGGGACAGCAAGCCAAAGCAGCACUGCUUAUAAUGGACCAGCUAACUAUGCUAUUGAUGGAAAUGAUGAUUCCAUAUAUGGCGAUAAAAGUUGCAGCCAUACUGCAAAGGAACAAGACGCUUGGUGGAAACUAGAUUUGGGAGAAACAUACUCUAUAUCUCAGGUGGUAAUAACAAAUAGACAGGAUUGUUGUUCUGAGAGAAUUGAUGGAGCUGUGGUGUUAAUUGGUGAACAUUCUGAUAUAACCCAAAAUGACCAAUGUGGCGAUCAAAUAUACUGGAAUGCAAACACAUAUGAAGAGAAGAUCACAUUUGAUUGUCAGCUAAGAGGGCGUUAUGUUGCCGUACAACUGAAAGAUCAUACCAACUAUUUACACAUGUGUGAAGUUGAGGUCUUUGGAGAGAAACCACCGUUACGUGAAAAUAUUGCACUAAAGGGGACAGCAAGCCAAAGCAGUACUGCUUAUGAUGGACCAGCUAACUAUGCUAUUGAUGGGAAUGAUGAUUCCAUAUAUGGUGAUAAAAGUUGUAGCCAUACUGCAAAGGAGAAGGACGCUUGGUGGAAACUAGAUUUGGGAGAAACAUUCUCCGUAUCUCAUGUGGUAAUAACCAAUCGUGAAGAUUGCUGUUCUGAGAGAAUUGAUGGAGCUGUAGUGUUAAUUGGUGAUAAUCCUGAUAUAAGUCAAAAUGCCCAAUGUGGAGAUCAAAUAGACUGGAACGCAAACACGUAUGAAGAAAAGAUCACAUUUGAUUGUCAGCUAAGUGGGCGUUAUGUUGGUGUACAACUGAAAGAUCAUAACAACUAUUUACACAUGUGUGAAGUGGAAGUGUAUGGGGAAAAGCAAGAGGCGUCUGAGGGAGAAAAACUCGAAAAUGUUGCACAAAAAGGGACUGCAAGCCAGAUCAGCACUGCUUACGAUGGACCAGCUAAUUACGCUAUUGAUGGGAAUGAUGAUUCCAUAUAUGGUGAUAAAAGUUGUAGCCAUACUGGAAAAGAGCAGGACGCUUGGUGGAAACUAGAUUUGGGAGAAACAUACUCUAUAUCUCAAGUGGUAAUAACAAAUCGACAGGAUUGUUGUUCUGAAAGAAUUGAUGGUGCCGUCGUAUUUAUUGGUGACAGUUCUGAUAUAAGCCAAAAUGGCCAGUGUGGAGAUCAAAUAGACUGGAACGCAAACACAUAUGGGGAGAAGAUCACAUUUGAUUGUCAGCUAAGUGGGCGUUAUGUUGCCGUACAACUGAAAGAUCAUAACAACUAUUUACACAUGUGUGAAGUGGAGGUGUAUGGGAUGAUAUAUUCAGAAAGUGAUAUGUCCGAAGGUGCCGUAGAUGCUCCAGAAAUACAGGGCAGUGGUUGGGAAGCAGAUUUAGGAGCAACAUACGAUAUAUCGCAAGUUGUCAUAACAAAUCAACAGGAAUGUUUUUUAGAUGGCAUUGACGGGGCUGUAUUGACAAUUGGUGACAAUCUUGAUAUAAGCCAAAAUGAUCAAUGUGAUGAAAAACUUGAUUGUUUUUCAAAUAUGGAAGGAGAGAAGGUCACUUUUAAUUGUAAACUGAGUGGGCGUUAUGUUGGUAUACAACUGGAGAAUGUUAACAAUGAUUUAAAUAAGUGUGAUGUGCAGGUGUGUUUGCAGGAGGAAACAGAAAAUAUUGCACUAAAAGGAACAGCAAGCCAAAGCAGCACUGCUUAUGAUGGACCAGCUAACUAUGCUAUUGAUGGAAAUGAUGAUUCCAUAUAUGGUGAUAAAAGUUGUAGCCAUACUGCAAAGGAACAGAGUGCUUGGUGGAAACUAGAUUUGGGAGAUACAUACUCUAUAUCUCAAGUGGUGAUAACAAAUCGACAGGACUGUUGUUCUGAAAGAAUUGAUGGAGCAGUGGUGUUAAUUGGUGACAAUUCUGAUAUAAGCCAAAAUGACCAAUGUGGAGAUCAAAUAGACUGGAACGCAAACACAUAUGGAGAGAAGAUCACAUUUGAUUGCCAGCUAAGUGGGCGUUAUGUCGCCGUGCAACUGAAAGAUCAUAACAACUAUUUACACAUGUGUGAAGUUGAAGUUUAUGGUUACUAAAUGGAUAAUGUCUUGAGAAAUUAAAAAUGCGGUGACACAUUGUGACAACUGAAUGUGUUUGUUUGACAAUCGUUGUGUAUCAUAUCACUUAAAUAAGUGUUACAUUUCACACCAACCUUUAAGGUUAUUACAAUAAUAAAUAUAAAU